CGAUCAGGGAUCCAUCUUUUAUCUACCCUAUCAGCCUCUAGUCGUUUGAGACGAGUCUAGAUUGUCCGCGAGGGUCCCCAUUUUCAGGGACAAUCUUCUUGAAGAAUUAGGGGUUGUAUUUCGAGCGAAUAUGUGCACAUAUUACUACCUCCAUUACCAUCACUUAGCUCCUUGUACACGAGAAAUCGAGUACGAGCUUCAUUAUUCUUUCUGUCCGAAUUCAACAGCCGAAUUCUCAAAUUUGAGUUCUCUAGGUUCGAUCGGCGCUGAUAGUGGCGCUCACGACGAGCAGUGGACCCAGCAACCUUGCGAAGCGCUCACUUACGCCUCAGGAUACAAUACAACCAACGACCUGGAUUAUAACAACCCUUGUGUAGCUGGUGACUGCCUCAUAGCACAGCAGUGUAGUUCUGGUGGUUGCAGGCUGGAAGAUCUCGGCGGUAGUUGGAUCUGUUGUCAAUGCAAUAGUAGGAGAAAUACACUCAGGCUAUGCAUCCGACCAUUGAGGAAGAUUCCCGACGCUCUUUGUUACCACGCCAUAUGCCAAAAUUGUCGUGCGGAUCACAACUAAGGUUAGAAGGUGGCUAGAAGGGAUCAAGACGCGAAUGUGAUGAGUACAUGCGCCAGGCUAAACCUACGUAAACCAGUGGGAAAUUCGGCGAUACAGCUUCCGUCGUAAGAAUACACAUAUAUACGUUAUUUUCUUCCUGACAUUGCUUUCUUCUCUUCUUCUUUACCUACCUAUUAUCGUGGUGCUGGGAAGAAAAUAUGAGAUGG